UUAUUUUAAGCAGUUGCAGUAGACUCUUCCACUUCUGUAUUCAAUUCUUCCUUCUUUUUUCUCUUAUAAUAUAAAUAACAUACAAAGAAAAUACUUGCACUCACAAAUAUUGAUUAAAGUUAAUUAGUGAACCCUAAGAUUUAUAAAUCUCUAGCUAUACUCUACCAUAUCAUAUAUAUUACAUAAUGUCUAGCAGAAAAUCACGUUCAAGACAAACUGGAGCUUCCAUGAUCACGGAUGAACAAAUCAACGAUCUUGUCCUCCAGCUUCAUCGGCUUCUCCCCGAACUUGCUAACAACAGACGCUCUGGAAAGGUUUCAGCAUCAAGGGUAUUACAAGAGACAUGCAGUUACAUAAGGAACUUGAGCAAAGAAGUGGAUGAUCUUAGUGAAAGAUUGUCUCAACUUUUGGAAUCAACUGAUUCAGCUCAAGCUGCACUAAUCCGAAGUUUGCUUAUGCAGUAGAAUUAGUGCAAUAAACGAAGGAUAUUUUUUUCUUUUCUUUUUUUUGAAAAAAUGUCUUCUCAGUUUUAAUUCCCCUUCUUAUUGUAUUUAUAAUGUCUGGCAGCUUGUGUCCCCUGUUAAUUAUGCAAUGUUUUAUUUUUAAUAUAUGUAGGGUUUUGUUUUUGUCAGUUGUUGAACGAAGCAAAUGGUUUGGGUUUACGUUCACAUUAUUUAAG